CGCUACAGAGAGGCGACGAUCAAACGCCGUGUGACCGCCGGUCGAAGCGCCCGGCUGCAGGGGCUGCCGCGAACAGGGCCGUUCGCACCGUUUCAUCACCGCGGGCUGCCCUCUCGGACGCGUCGCGCCGCCGCGACAGCCUAACGCCAUAGCGGAAAAGCACGCUGCCCUCUCGGACGCGUCGCGCCGCCGCGACAGCCUAACGCCAUAGCGGGAAAGCACCAUGGGUCAGGAGCUCUCGGCCCUGACCGCCGCGGAGAAGCCCGUCCCGCGCGUGUCCUGCGAGAUCGACGAGGUGACCGGGGCGCCGCCGCCGCGCUGCGUCACGCCGCCGCGCACGCCGCCGCGCGCAACAAUGAAAGACGUUACGAUAAAGCGGCCGCCGCGCCAGCGCCCCGCGAAGGCGCCCGGCUACCUCCACCGCAAACGGAGCGAAGCCAAGAGCUUCCUACGCGUGUCGCUCCGACGGUGGGCGCGGUCCGUCGGCGCGUGGUCGCUCGACGCCUUUCGGCUAAGGGGCUACGCGCGGAACCGCCGGCGCAUCGCGGGUCAACACUGGGAGGCGCCCUUCUUCUGGGACGUCGGCGACUGGAAGUCCGUGCGGGAGCGGCCGUUCCGGGCGCGGGUCGUUUCCAUGGAUUUCGAGCGGGGCGGCCAUGCAUUUAAUAUCGACCUCUACCCCGGCGGCUUCCGCGAGGACGGCAGGGCGUCGGUCGGCGCCUACCUGCGCUAUACGGGCGACCGGCCGUGCCUCGAGCUGCGGCUGCGCCUGUCCGUCGUGGACCAGCGCGGCGGGCCCGACGUCGCGUGGCGGUCCGGCCUCGCGCUGCUCGGCGCGACGGCGCGCCUCGACCAGGGCGUCGUGACGAACUGGGGCUCGGCGCGCCUCGUGCCGCGCGUCUGGCUCGCGGCGGGCAACGGGCACCCGGGACUCGUCGUGGACGACUGCGUGCGGUUCCGCGUCGACGUCAUGAUCCUCGGCGAGCGGCGCGUCGACGUGAACCCGCUCGGGGGCCUCGCGCUGCCGCUCGCGCGGGAGGUCGUCGGCGCGCCGAUCACGCCCGUCAAGCGGCGCUCCAUCACUUCGCCGAUGAAGGGGCGGGCACGAUAGGUAUACAUAAGAAGACAC